CCGCCCCGCGCUGCCCGCUCCCAACAUGCCUCACGUCCGUGCCCCGCUGCCGCUGCCGUAGGGGGGUCGCUGUGCUGCGCCGAGAUGGCGCUGGAGGUGCGGCGCAUGGACGGCGAUGUGGAGGACGGCGAGCUCUCCGACUCGGACUCCGACAUGCCCGGCGCCGGCUCCCCUAGGGAGCGGCAGAAGAAAUCAUUUGAUGGCGGUAAUGCAGGCAGACCUUUCCAGAGCAGCAUUUCAUCAGGUGCACAAGACGUUCCGUAUCGAACAACCAAAAGUGUAGAUUCAAGUGAUGAAAGCUUUUCUGAGUCUGAUGAUGACAGCUGUCUGUGGAAACGAAAACGACAGAAAUGUUUCAACCUUCCUCCUGCUAAAUCUGAGCCUUUCACAUUUAAUCAGAGCCACGCAAAACAAACUGCUCAGGGUGGUAAGAAAGUUAACAACAUUUGGGGCAUGGUGCUCCAGGAGCAAAACCAAGAUGCAGUGGCUACUGAACUUGGGAUUUUAGGAAUGGAUGGAAGUAUUGACAGAAGCAGGCAGUCAGAGACUUACAAUUAUUUAUUGGCUAAAAAGUUGAUGAAGGAAGCUCAGCAAAAGGAGGCAGAAACUUUAGAUAAAGAGCUGGAUGAAUACAUGCAUGAUGACAAGAAAACAUUGCCAGCAGAAGAAGAAAACGGACAAGGCUUUCUCAAACGAAAGCGAUCUGUAAAGGACAGACUGGGUGAAAGACAAGAAAUGAAAUACAAAGGAAGAUAUGAAAUAACAGAAGAAGAUUCAGAGGAAAAAGUAGCAGAUGAGAUUGCUUACCGGCUUUGUGAACCAAAGAAAGAUUUAAUUGCUCGAGUAGUGAAAAUAAUUGGAAAGAGAAAAGCUAUUGAGCUGCUCAUGGAAACUGCUGAAGUGGAACAAAAUGGUGGACUGUUCAUAGUGAACGGUACUAGGAGGAGAACACCAGGGGGUGUUUACUUAAACCUGCUGAAGAACACACCCAGUGUCAAAGAAGAACAAAUCAAGGAAAUAUUCUAUCUGGAAAACCAAAAGGAGUAUGAAAACAAAAAAGCUGCUAAGAAGAGAAGAAUACAAGUUCUAGGAAAGAAGAUGAAAAAAGCCAUUAAAGGGCUUAACCUGCAAGAAUAUGAUGAUGCGUCUCGUGAGACUUUUGCUAGUGACACAAACGAAGCUCUGGCUUCUCUGGAUGAUUUACAGGAUGGGCAUCAUGAAACCAAGAUGGAACCUGAAGAUAUUAUAGAAAUCGAUAAUGCUCAUGAUUUGGAGAUCUUUUAGAUACUAAUGAUAACAUAGUCUCUAUGUAUUGAACAAGCUUUAAAAAUUAUACCAUAACUUCUUGUUUUCAUAAAUUGCAGAAACGUGGGAAAUAUUUGAUAAAGAAGAAAACAACAUAGUUCUUGGCUAAGUUCAACACCACGAAAGGUGUAAACUGUCCUAUUAUUUGUUUGCUGAGUCCUCAAAACUGACAAGAUUUUUCUCGACAACAGUUCUGCGUCAGUGUUCCAUAGAAGAGUUGUUUUAGCUACAUGUUACUUUUAGUAAUUAACACUUUUAACUAAAUAAAUCCAACUUAGUCUGCUGAAGUUGACAAAGUUGCCAUCAAAAAGGGGAUGUUCCUGAUUACACUUGAACAGAAAUACCAGUAUAAGGUUACUCUUGAUGUAAAAGAUUGUGUGAUGUUAAUAUGACAGUGUAGAGACAAGAAUAGCAAUGUUAUAUGAUUAAGACCUGUAAAAUCAGAUUAAUAUGUGAAAUUAACUUCAUCUUAAUGUCAGCAAUCUUUGCGUAACAAUCUUGUAAAUAGGUACUGCUGAGCAAUGUAUGUUUUAAAUUUCUGCAGUUUGUUCCAUUUAAUAAUAGUGUUUUGAGCUUCCUCAUUACUCCACCUAGACUUUUUCUAUGAAUAAACGUGCACAAUUUACAUAUCUCUGUGUUCUAAAAUACAGCUCUCUCUGAAUAGAUUGUAUUAAUGUGUUAGCUUUGACUGUCUUUAUACCCUGCCUGCAGGUAUAAACAUUGCAGUUCUUGUUUCCAUGCUUUUUCUUGUGCUAGAAUGAAGUAAUGUGCAGCUUGCAGGAGUUAUAAAGUUUAUAUCUGCUGAAUCUUAAGAAAGCAAAGUAUAAAAAAGAUAACUUCUACUUGACACAAAAGACCUUUCCAAGUUCAAAGGCAAUGUUUUGGUUGUAACUGAAGAAAGUUUGUGACACUGUUAUGUAUCUGUUUACAAUACUUUGUCACUAUUGAGGUGUGCUUUUUUUGUGAAUAGACACAUUAUUUUGCAAUAUAAAAUACUGUUGUGAUUUAA